AUUUUUUUUACAUUUAUUAGAAUUAUUUAACCUACAAUUUUAGUUCAGUUCCAUCGUUUAUUACUUUUGAUCUUAUUUUUGUUUUUCCAUUAUGAAUAGCAUAGUUAACAUACUUUUGGCCCUCGUAGUGGUCAGUGUAACCAUCCAAUUGAGUUACUCGUUGGAAUGUUAUGUGUGCACUAAUCAAGAUCAAAAUCACGAAAAAUGUUUGAACACAAUCAAAACUUGCGAGCCCGAAGAGGAUAUGUGUUUGUCAGAAAUCAGUUGGGGAUCUCCUCCGUACUGGGUGGAAGGCGGUCUAAAACAAUACUACGUAUCUAAACGAUGUGCCACUCGUGCUACGUGUGAAUCGGUCAAAGCGAAAACUAUGCCUUUAUGCACCUAUUUAUGGUAUCAAGAUUGGAAGUGUGCUGAAUGUUGUUUAGGAGAUCGAUGCAAUUAUUAUAUAACAAUGGGAAGUAGUUCGAUAAAAUCAAAUUUGACAGUCAUAGUAGGAUGUAUUGCAGCAUUAGUUGGAUUUUACAUUACCAAAACCGUUUGAUUUUGUGUCUCCGAAUGAAAUAAUAAAUGAACUUGAAGGCCAGAUGCAAAAUAUAUUUUCAAAUAUUUAUAUUCAAAGCAUAUUUUUUAAGUUUACCAUUUUUUUUUUUUUAAUAAACUAUUUUAAUUUUAUAAUAAAACCGAUCUCGAUUGACAAAUUCAUUGUCAUACGAACGUAUAACAUUUAUUAUUAUAUUAAAUUUACUAAAUGGUCAAUUUUUUUACAAAGACAAGAUUUUUAACAAUUACUGUGUUCAUUUUUUAUCGUCUAUCAUUUUAUCUUAGACACGAAGCUGUUUUUAUUAUAUUUUUUUAGUUUAAAUGUUACAAUGAUAUACUUACCUAAUUUAAAGCAACUAUUCCGUCCAAAAUACUUGUUUAUACGUUUAUAUUGUUAU